AAGCUGUGAUUGGCAAUACCCAGUGCUGCCAUGUCUGAGGCGCUGGAGUCAAUUUAACGCUUUUUGUGACCAGCUUAGCAAGAAAACAUCGGGGUUGGUGCAUAACCAGAAAUCAACGAAAUACAAGAGGCUUUUUCACUCAUUGUCAUUUUAUACAAAGCUAACAAUGAAACCUUGAUUGCAUCGCUAUUUUUGCUAGGCUUCAGGACAAUUCUUGUCGACUUUUUUUCUUUUUUCUUCAAAAUGGAAGCACUGCUUGUGGUCGCCCUAAUUGACAUGCCGUCCUUGAGAAGUGAUGUAAUUCUCAAGUUCGUUCGUGUAGUGAAAUCAAAUACGCACGUGUGAGAAGAGACAGACGCUUCAAGAUGGUGAUGUCGUGGUUCAAAAAAGGCGUGGGCGUGGCUGUGGCCCUCGAAGUGGCUUCGCUAGCCGCAUUUAUGGGCGGGGCCACCAAAAUGAACCGUGAUCCGGAGUUCCGUUAUCAAUUGUAUUGCUCGGACUACGGGCAUAAGAUCCUAGACUAUUUCUACACCAUGGGCGAGCAGUUUGUGCCCGAUUUUAACCUGCGACAAAGUGACCUCCGAGUUUGGCGGAAUCAAAAUCGCAUGCUGCGGAACAAUUAGAGUCGCCCCAUUCCCAGAUUGUGAAUUCAUUUAGUCGUCUCUAUUCAUUCAUUCAUUCAUUUCGUACGCAUUUUUAUAUACAACAAUAUUCAUUAAGUUCCGUCCCACCCAUGAAUUGAUUGGCCAUGACGGAACGGGUGGUGGUGCUCAUAGACAUGGAUUGUUUCUACUGUCAGGUGGAGACACGGGCCAAUGCGGCUCUGGCGGGUCAACCCUUGGCUGUGGUUCAGUACAACUCGUGGAAAGGGGGUGGGAUCAUCGCCGUCAAUUACGAGGCUCGAGCUCAAGGCGUGACUCGAAAUAUGCGCGGGGAUGAGGCUCGAACCAAGUGUCCCGAGAUUGUGCUCGUGUCUGUGCCGGAAGUGCGGCAAAAGGCGGAUCUGACCAAAUAUCGUGAUGCGGGGAAAGAAGUCAUUCAAGUGCUGCUUCAGUUUGGCGCCGUGGUUGAACGGGCUUCGAUUGAUGAGGCCUAUCUGGACAUCACGGCUUUGGUCGAUGAAAAACUGAAGACCUUGACCCGGGUGGAAGCCACAGAUUUGCCUCAUACAUUUGUGGUGGGGUGUGAAGAUGACCGGGAGACGGGUCUGUCCCGUUGGUUGGCGGAAAGCUACGAGACCAGUCAUAGCGACAACAUUCGCUUAGCGGUGGGCGGGAUGAUUGUCGAGGCCAUGCGGCAAGCCGUGUGGGAACAGACCCAAUUUCGAUGUUCAGCGGGUGUGGCCCAUAACAAAAUGUUGAGUAAGCUCUCGUGUGGUUUGCACAAGCCCAACCAACAGACCGUGUUGCCCCACGACAAGAUAGACAUCCUAUUUGCCCACCUCAAACUGACCAAAUUGCGGGGGUUGGGCGGGAAAUUGGGCGAUUCUAUCCGUGAACAAUUGGGCUGCGAGACCGUGGCCGAUCUGGCCAAGCAUUCCAUUAGCGAGCUCAAAGGUAGUUUUGAAGAAAAGACUGCCCAAUGGUUGUACAAUAUUUCUCGUGGCCUUGAGUAUGAGCCGGUAAAAGAACGUGAUCUGCCCAAGUCGAUCGGAUGUUCCAAGAAUUUCUUGGGCCCCAAAAUGUUGGACACCCGAGAAAAAGUAGAGUUUUGGUUCGGAUCCUUGGCCGAAGAGGUGUGCGAACGAUUAGAACGGGAUCGAGAAGCCAAUGGUCGCAUUGCUCGAGGCAUCACAGUAUCCAUGACCAUCGAAGGCAAAGGUCACGUCUCUAGAGCCGGACCUUUGAAUAGUUAUGACGCAGAAAAAAUGACCCGUCAAGCCAUGAACCUCGUGGGUAAAUUGAACGAAUCCACCCAAGACCCGUAUAUGUGGCGACCCAAACUUAAGAACUUGAGUAUAUCGGCCUCCAAGUUUGAGGACGAUUCCAUCUCUGGCACCGUCAAGAGCAUCGACAACUUCUUCACCAAAGCCUCCGAGGCAUCCGCAGACGAACCGACUUCCUCACUCGCUGCCAAUGACAAGCUAAAGGCCACGGAGCUGGUCCCUGACUUGGAUCAGUACGAUCCUUCUAUCUUGACACUCUUGCCUCCUCGAUUACGUGCCGCUAUUGAAAAGCGUGUUCAAUCUCUCAAAGUGGAAGAUCUGAGUCGAGAAAAAGAAAAGGCCAUGGAAGCCUGUUCCAAGUGCGACAAGUUGAUCUCUCCUUUCGACAUGCCCGAGCAUUUGGAUUACCACGUGGCUCUGGAUCUGCAGACGGAAAUGCGAAAGGAACAGCCCAAAGCUCAAAUCCACACGGUUCAUUUGAACACUGCCAAGAGCAAGAAAAAGAAAAGUAACGAACCACUCGAAAAACCGGACACCAAAAGGCAGAAGAACAUUCUGAGCUUCUUCCAAAAGCCUGGAUCCAACUGACCUGACUGCGUUAUUCAUUCAUUGUUGCCUUGUAAUUCAAUAUAAUGACUCGAUUUAUUCGAUAGUCGAACUGAAACAAAAAAAAAAAACACGUUUGGAUCAUUUGCGGAUACAUAACAUACGUAAGUUACAUGAUGGAAAACGAAGAUCCGUUAGGGUUUUUUGUCGUUAUCGUCGUCUUCAUCCUCGAUAUCUGACAAAUUAUCGUCACUUUCCGGACGAUUGACUUCGGUAGUGGUUUUGGAUUCCUGUUCAAAAGGACUUACUUCCUCAUGGAGAGUACCUAGUUCGUCAGUUUCUUCCUUCAAUUCCAGGCUGUUGGGGGGAGGAUGUUUACUUUUAUGGAUAACGACUUGAUUGUGGUUGUUCUCCAAUUCCUGAGCCAGCAAAAAUGUGGACGAAUAUUGCUCCCAUAAGGUGAGAACUCGCUCUCUCAACCAAACGAAAUGUUCCAACAUGGUCCGCAGAUUAUCUUCCACUCGAUUCCCGGCUGGUUUGGCCAAUACGGCCUUUUCAGCUAUCAAGGCUUCUCGUAGUUCCUUGGCUUUCACACAUAACUGAGGAUCAUCAAGGGGAGGCGAUCCGUCUUUGAGAGAGGUCAUCACUUGUUCUAGAGCAUGGGUAAAUUCGCUCAAGGAGCGCUUUGACCUGGCUGCACCAUCGGAUUGGGGAGAGUCCGGAUUUGAGCCCAACCAAGCGGGCAUUUCGACCGGAUGUCGAGUCAUAUCCAUGGGUCGAGGAUGAACCCGAGAGACCUGGCAACGGGUCUUGAGCUCGUCGAUGUGAGCCUCUAAUUGGGGGAAGAUCUCCAAUAUAUCAAAGGAAGGGAACGCAUGGAGAUAAUCUCCGAUCACUUUGGCCAAGGUGUCGAUCGCACCUUUCUUCAGAUCAUUUUGCAUGGCAGCGACAUCAUCCGAAUUAGGCAAACUGAGACACGUCUGAUAGAACUUCUUGGACGUGUCCAAGACGGCAAAUUUCUUGAAAUACGAUUCUCGCACCACGUCCAACGCUUUCUUUAAAAACUCCCCAUAAGGCUCUAACUCGUUCGUAGCCGUCUCUGCAUUGGACGAUUCCGCCAGAUCGCUCAAUUCACAUCUCAAUACAAAAAUGGCUCCCAAAUUAGCAUCCAAAUUCAGCUCUCUGAGCGUUCGACACUCUUCGGCUAAU